GUCAGAUUUUAUGUUUGCUCUUAAGCCACCUACUUCAGUACCUGACUGCCUGUCUGCCUACCUGCAUUGUGACACCCAGAGUGAAAACCAAAACAAUCCCAGCAUGGCCAGCCGCUUGUUGUGCGCCUGUAUACGUCACAGCCUAACCCGGAAGUGCAGUGACAGCUCUGUCAAAAAUCCUCCAUCCCUUUCGUGAAACAGCGAAACAAAGCUUGCAGCUUGCCAAGAAGCUCAGGCUUUGGACAGACAUGCAGUACUGACACACCUACAGACAGAGAGACCUGACGGACAGAGUCCAGCUGGCGAGUCGUAGCGGCAACAACCGGAACAGAUGUGUGAGGGACUUUGAUCUAGAGCGCCUGUAGCUAUUUUGGAGUCUGGACGUCCUGUUGUACGGGAUUCAUCUCUCUGCAGCUCUCUGUACGGCAGGUGUUGUUUAAGAGGUGGCCAGCUUGACUGAUUAUUGGCCCUUCCCUCGCCUGCGCACCAUAGCACCUCUGCCCACACCUGGCUGGUGCCCCAGCCCCAUUCAGGUCAUCUCUGCAUCAAAGCUGGCGAUGUCCAGAGCCCCAAGCCCCCCUCCCCCAGUGGACAUGUCCAGCGGUCCUGUAGCUGAGAGCUGGUGUUACACUCAGAUCAAAGUGGUGAAGUUCUCCUACAUGUGGACCAUCAACAACUUCAGCUUCUGUCGUGAGGAGAUGGGAGAGGUCAUCAAAAGCUCCACUUUUUCCUCCGGAGCCAACGACAAACUCAAAUGGUGUUUGCGUGUGAACCCUAAAGGUCUGGAUGAGGAGAGUAAAGACUAUCUGUCACUUUACUUGCUCUUAGUCAGCUGCCCCAAAAGUGAGGUGCGCGCCAAGUUUAAGUUCUCUAUCCUCAAUGCCAAGGGAGAAGAGACCAAAGCAAUGGAGAGCCAGAGAGCGUACCGUUUUGUCCAGGGGAAGGACUGGGGUUUCAAAAAGUUCAUAAGGAGGGACUUCCUGCUGGAUGAGGCCAACGGUCUGCUGCCCGAUGACAAAUUAACACUGUUCUGUGAGGUGAGUGUGGUGCAGGACUCUGUGAACAUCUCAGGCCAGAACACGAUGAAUAUGGUGAAGGUUCCUGACUGCAGGCUGGCUGAGGAGCUCGGUGAUCUGUGGGAGAGCUCCAGAUUCACUGACUGCUCUCUGUGUGUCGCUGGGCAGAAAUUCCAGGCGCACAAAGCAAUCCUGGCAGCUCGCUCGCCGGUGUUCAGUGCCAUGUUUGAGCACGAGAUGGAAGAGAGUAAGAAGAACCGUGUGGAGAUAAAUGACGUGGAGCCAGAUGUCUUCAAAGAGAUGAUGUGCUUCAUCUACACAGGCAAGGCCCCCAACCUGGACAAGAUGGCUGAUGACCUGCUGGCUGCAGCUGACAAGUAUGCUCUGGAGAGGCUGAAGGUGAUGUGCGAGGACGCUCUGUGCACGAGCCUGAGUGUGGAGAACGCCGCAGAGAUCCUCAUCCUCGCCGACCUGCACAGCGCCGACCAGCUUAAGACACAGGCUGUGGACUUCAUCAACUAUCACGCAGCUGAUGUGAUGGAGACGUCGAACUGGAAGUCCAUGGUGACCUCUCACCCACACCUGGUGGCUGAGGCCUAUCACUCCCUGGCCUCAGCUCAGUGCCCCUACCUGGGUCCCCCAAGAAAACGACUCAAACAGUCCUAGUGGUCCGGGGAGGCUCUCCUGUCCAAACCCUGCUGUGUCCUCUUGUACCAGCAACCUCACUGCUCCUCCAGUCCCACAGCAUCCACAGACGCCCAAGACUGAAGCCCAGGACUCAGCUAGAUAUGGCAGAGGAAGGCCACUCAGCCAGGUCGCCCAGAGAAUAACAGGACUGAAGCAACAGAGGAGGUACUACACAUCUCUGAAGGUGGUGGGGGUGAAUUCUAUAAGAUCUAAACCUGGAUAUUUAUGGAUCGCAAACUCAAAGCCUCACAUACACCAUACAUCUUUUGUCUUCAGUAUUGGAAAGCUAGAACCAUAAUCUGCGAGUCAGUCACGUAAAGAUUUGAUCUUCUGCCUCAAAAGGAAAAGUCAAUGCUGAGUCCCUGUAAAUACAAUACUGUGGCAUAUUGUCUUGUACAGCGUCUCGAGUGUUAAAGCCCAAACUGCUUUACUGUAAAAAGACAAGUGAAGAGGAUCAAACAACCUGAAACUGAAAGACUAUUGUUCCCAUUGUUGAUUAUUUAAACAGUGUUUUCUACAAAGUCUUGUUUUUAUAGAGCACAAAAACAAAUACGAACACGUUUUAAUGUUUAUUCAGUCUGUGCCUUAAGCCGAGCAGACACUGUGCAGAACAGUCGCCCUCGACUUAUUUUGGAAUCAGGACAGAUUUCUGCCAGAUCGGUUUCUUAUCUGACGUGCAGUUUGAGGGGGGGUCACGAUGCCAGAUUAAUUGCCUGAACAAUCAACGAUCUGGUUGUCAGGCUAUUUGGAUUUCUGGCAUGUCAGAAAUUUUGGUCGGCUGUCUUGCAGUUUGAGCAGUCCGAUUUCCCACAUGGCGGCUGUCAAAAUAUCCGUUAUGAACUGUACUGAGUUUGUUUUAAUAUUAUUAGAGAAGUGACAUGUUGUGGCUGAAACUGUCGUCGUGACUGAGACUGAGCUGUGAUAGAAAACUGAAGAUCGCUGCAGAACAGACAAUACUUGUUGUCUUCAUCUUCCAGUCAUCUGAGGCUCUGUAUCUUUUCUCUUCUUAUUUUCCAUUCACAGUAAAAUUGCACAAAGUAAUGCUGGCUUUCUCUUUUUUGCCAACAUUAUUGAGGAUAAAGUGGACUUGGUUGAAUAAACUGUACCGGGAUGUUUACUGGACAACCAUGCUACAUUCUUUCAUUUAGUGUGGGCAGCCACUGAGUUUACCAGGGCAGUCGUGGAGGGGGCAAAAAUUUGUCUAAUUACCCCGAUUGGGGGGGUGUUAAGUUUUAAGGUGUUUUAAGUAAUAGAGUGCCCAAGGGAUGAUGUUUUUCUGUAGGC